AGGUACCCAGACAGUCGACACAUCAGUUUUCGAGUCGCUUGGGGAAGAGCGCUGCAGACACAGAUCGGUUCCUGCCCAUAAAGCUAGGUAGGUAUAUUUCUUCAUACAAGAUGGCGCAUCCUUGGCGGACGCACACCAGACAGAAAAAGUUCAUUAGUUCAAGCAGAGUUUGCCGCCACGAAGCACGGAAAGUGAGACUUGGGCCGAUCUUCGGGAUAAGCCGAAGCCAUCUGCAAAGCCCGCUGGUCGUCACCCGCAAUGUGGCGUAUGUUGUCAAGACAUGCUGGCCACAGCCAAGGCGAGGCACACCAAUAUUUCUCUCAGCUCAGCCGCCUUUGUUCACCCCCAUGCUGAGUUACGGCGCAAAGUGCACGGAACUGGACGUCCAAUUGAUAUGGUUCAUAUUGCCGCCUUUGGUCAUCUGUAGAUACAUGGUUGUAAUGACCUGCUGGAGUUUCAUUUUGAUUUCAAUAGUUUUUGCUUGUGACAUGGAUCCUGUCCGCAUGGCGGGGCGAUAACCGGACCUGACGCAGCAUAGAUUCAAUUAGAUCUUCGACGCUAGCUACAAAGUAAAUAAGUCUUUAGAAUAAUCGAAAAGAAACACUGAUGGCACCUGACUAAGGUAA